UAGUAUAUAUAUAUAUAUAUAUAUAUAUAUAUAUAUAUAUAUAAUCAUCCGUUAACUGAUAAAUUCUUCGGCGAAGCGUCGCGUCGAAACAGUAUACGAGACAACAUUCGAAACGUUGUGAAGUGAGCUGUCACGAAACCGCGGCCGGACAUCAUACUCUUGAAACGGUUUUCUGACAAUAGUUCGUAACACAGCUUUAAACAAUUUGUACUUAUUAGAAAUCUCAAACUCGUUUGUUAAUAAAUGAGUCGGUGUCUUGGUGUAUCUUCAAAUACCGCUUAUUGUUAGAAGCAUGGCAAAAUGGGGAGAAGGUGAUCCACGCUGGAUUGUAGAAGAGAGGCCUGAUGCAACUAAUGUGAAUAAUUGGCAUUGGACAGAGAAAAAUGCCUGUGCAUGGUCACAAGAAAAGCUGAAAGAACUUUUUGUAAAUUCGGAAAUCAAGGGAGAUGGAGUUUUAUGUAAGAUAACAGAAAUGGAAAAAUGCGAAGGUGAGGCAGUAGCAAAUAAUAGAAAAGGAAAACUUAUUUUUUUUUAUGAAUGGAAUAUUGUACUUAAAUGGACAUCAAAAGAUAAAUUAAAUGAGAAAAUUGAGGGUAAAAUUAACAUCCCUAAUCUUUCUGAAGAAAAUGACAUCAGCGAAGUAGAUAUUGAAAUUACAUUAAAAGAUAGUACAGAUGAAGGAGAAAAAAUAAAACAGUUUUUGCAUACAAAGGGAAAGGAUGCUAUAAGAGAAAAAUUAACAAAAUAUGUAUCUUCUUUAAAAGAAGAAUUUACGAAAGGAAUGAUACUUCCCAAAAAAGAUAAUGUAAAAGAAAAUAUCUCAAAUAUAACAUCUGGUUUUAAUAUUAAGAUGCAGAUGAAUACUGCAGUUACACAAACAAACAAUCGUGAAACAGUAGGAUGUAAAAUCUCGACUACUACAAUUAAGCAAAAUAUUAAGUUUCAAUGCAGGGCGGAAGAGUUUUACAAUGUCCUCUCAUCGAUUGAGAUGGUACAAGCUUUUACGAGAAACCCAGUGAAAUUAGAGACAAAGAAAAAUGGUCAAUUCGAGCUCUUCGGUGGCAAUAUUCACGGCGAAUUUGUGGAAAUUACACCAACCAAGAUUGUCCAAAAAUGGCGUUGUAAACAAUGGCCGUCCGGACAUUUUAGUAACGUAACAAUCGACAUCUGCGAAAAGAAAGAUCACACUGAAGUCAUUUUAACACAAACUGGUGUCCCACUUAGCGAGGAGACCUCAACGAAGGAGAAUUGGGAUAGGUAUUACUGGGACGCCAUAAAACGUACCUUCGGUUUCGGAUAUUUUAUGUGAUUGAAAUUCGCCCUAAAGAAGAUUUAUUUAUUGCUAAGUAGAACAAUGAAAAUUGUGCGCAAUCACAAAAUUGCGCGAACGCUUAGUUUCUGUGGCAUCAUUGACGAAUUUAUGCAGUGGAAAAGAAGUGUAUUCUGGUAUGCACAGUUUACUCUCUUUGUAUAAUUGAUACCGCCUCGUCUGUAAAACUCGAAAUUAAUAUCGAUGCGCGCGAUGUAUCGCACGACAUUACAAGUGAAUUCUCUAAUUGUUAAGUAUAUCUAUCUAUUAUUAGAUGUUAUGUCUAAUAAAUCAUAAGAUAGUGAAUGAUAA